UGAGAAAAUUUGUUAUACCAAAAAUUAAAAAAAAAAAAAAAUAUGAAGCGUUUUGCAUUCUUGAUAUUCUCUGUUUUUUUAAUUCUUUUUUCUACCACAUCAAAAUAUGGAUGUGAAGCUGAAGACCCUUUUGAAAAAAACUACUAUCAAACAUGGGGAAAAGAACAUCUCAAUGUCACUGAGAAAGGCCUUUGUGUUCAUCUGUCAAUGGACGAAGAGUCAGGAGCUGGAUAUAGCUCAAAGGAAAAUUUUGGUUCUGGUUUGUUCGAAAUUAUGAUGAAGAUUCCUGACAACAAGGACAUUAGAGAAGUUAUAUCAACAUUUUAUUUAAUUGAUAUUCCAUACGGCGAACCGGUCUACGGCAGGGAUCAUUUCGAGUUUGACAUUGAGUUUUUUGGGAGCAAUCUAAGUACGAAUGUGUUUGCAAAUGAUUUGGGUAACAGAGAACAAAGAUUUAAGCUUUGGUUUGAUCCAGCUGCUGAUUAUCACAAGUAUCAAAUCCUUUGGAACCAACACCAUAUUGUGUGGUUCAUAGACGGAGAGCCAAUCAGAAUAUGGAAGAACGCGACGGAUUUAGGAGUGCCUUUUCCAAACAAAUUACAUUUGCACGUUGAAGCUAGCAUUUGGCAUGGGGAUUUCUCCGGACAACCGGAUUGGAGUCUAGCACCUUUCAUUGCCAGUUACAAAGGUUUCGCAAUGAAUGCCUGCGUUUUUCAGGAAUCAAACCCGGAGGAAUGUUAUUCCGAGACUUCUUAUUUCUGGAAUGGGAAACAAUAUUGGCAAUUAGAUGCUAGUCAACAAGCCCAGUUGAAUACUCACAGAGAAAAACAUAUGGUUUCUGAUUACUGUUCUGACGACUCAAAAUCUGGUCCCGAAUGCGAGGUGAAUAAGUAG